CUUUGACCUUCCUCUAGGUUUUUUCGCGUGCUGCGUGUACAACGACGGCGAAGCGACUGCUUCAUUUUUCGUGGAUGGCAAGUUUCUUUUGCCUACAGAAUCGCAAAAGGCCGUUUCCCCUAUCAUUUCGUGCUUGCGUGAAAGUUGUUCUUCGCUGCGUUUCUGAUUAGGCGUUCCCUUUCUAACUAGUUUUUUCCCCAGCUUGAGACAAGCCGCCUCGCUGUGGUCACCAACUGUUGCAUGCUCGUUUUUCCUGCUUGUUAGAAAGGAUUCGAUUUUUCUAACUCUUUCGCACUUCGUUUGUUCCGCACGCUUUCCCGUGUCCUUCUUGCCAGAUUCUUAGUCGGGGAAUGGGAGAGCCCCGUCAGGAUUUUUACUUCUGCGGUUGCCGCGCCGAGGUACCUUUCGCAUUCUUUCGACCCGUUCGCUUUUCAGCGCGGUCUGAAUCCUCUUUCGUCCGUUCUGUGUGAAUCUCGUUUUUCCUGUGUUCUCGCCUUUCUCCGGCUCUCUGUGUCGUUUUGUCUCCCUCUAACUUUACCUGGUUCUGCUAUCGGUUUUUUCAUGGCCUUCAGACCGGAUCUUCCUGUCUCUCAACAGUCUUCUUUUCUCCCCUUCGCUCUUUUUCCCCGCGGUUCUUCUCUCUCUCUCUCUCGCCGUACCCUUCAGUCUUCUUCAUGGAGGCCUCUGUUGCCAGUUACACAUUCGGGAGCAUACAUCGUUACAGUCGACAGCCGGUCGUGUGUGUCCAAACUGGUACAAUGCGAAGCGUAUAAAGGGCGGCGUGCAUGUCUGAGACUUACCUACGGCUUAAGAGAGACAUUUCCUCGAUUCCAGGUUUCCCACUUGCGAGGACCUUUGGGAGCAGAAGACUUUUUGCUCCAGUUUCCGACCCCUCUUCCCCUUCUGCGUCGUCCCUCUCAACUUUUUUCCUCCUCUGUCGUUUCUUCCCGUGUCGUUUUUGUCGACUUCUCUUCAUUCAAUGAGCUUCAGUGACCCUCCGGCGGGAGGGGGGAUCUCUGCUCCGGCUUAUAUUCCGAAGAUAUCUGAAAAUGGACAAGGGACAACAGAAAGACGAGACUCCUUUCUCUCGCGCGAGUUGGCCGACUUGGGUUGUCCUUUCUCGAAUCCAGGAAAUGACAGUGUGGCGUUUCCAGAGGGGGAAGAGUUUUAUCGGUCCUCCUUUCUGGGAUCAACUUUGCUCCGCGACGAAGUCGCAGAGACUUCAGAGAGUGCAGACAGUUCUGCUUUUGAGCGCCGCAAAGAUGUGUUCGCGAUCGAAGAUGAAAACUCCGACUCCGGAUCCGACGUCGAAUGCGAUGCCCCUGCUCAACUCACGCUCAGAGUAGGUCCUUCCUCCUUUUCCUAUUCUUCCUCUUCUUCGUUUGCUUCUUCCUCUUCUGGAAGUGGACCUGCUGUUUCUCGUCGCACGAGAGAAACCAGUUCCGAGGCUUGUCAGAGGAGAAGUGAAUCGCCACACGGAGAGGCAGCGCGAGGAACGUCGAGAGAGCGAGAGGGGACUUUGAGUGAGAAAGGCGACAGAGUCAGUGAGGGCGGGAGACAUCUGGGAGACAGAGAGGAGGGAGGAAAGAGGAAGAGCAGGAGCUGGAGAGAAGGAGGAGACUCAGACACGGCGGAGGACGCGAGCUUUUUCUCCGGGAAGGAGAGACAGUCUUUUGAGAGUCCGUGUUCACACGAUGGAGGGGGAGAGAGACUCCGCCAAGGAGAUUCCAGAGAGGGCGAGAGCCAUGAUCAGUCCGGAAAAAACAGACCUUCUGUGGCUGCCAGAGAGGACAAGAACGAUGGUGGACAUCCGAAAGAAGGCGACAAGGAAGACCAGCUUGUUUGUUCCUCGACACCGCAAAGACACCGGAGGUCUGGCGCGCAUUCUGACGCCUCUUUUGCUUCCUGCUCCUUUUCAGCUUCAAGAGAAGACCCGCCCAUUGUCUGCACUCUGCUGGCUGUUGAACAUCCCGUUCGAGGUCCAGAUGUUCUCCUCUUUCAUUUGCAUGCAAGCAAAGACGGAGAAGAGCGACCUGUGUGUGGACAAAACGCAAGAGCCAAUCCUCUUCAAAACCUUGCCAGUCAGAAUGGGCUUCGGACGUCGCUGCGGUGUGCAGACGGCGAUCGAGAAGGCAACACCCUAAGCUCUUCUGUCCAGUCUGACGCAGAGGUGCGCCACCAACUUUGGCCCUCUGCAUCUCCGCCGCCUCGCGAGUGCCGUCCAACCUCCCCUCUCUCUGCGGCAGACAUCGAAUGCAUCCGCAAGUGGACGCCGCUUUUCGCGCUUCCAGACUUCACUUCGAGUGAAGACGACGUCAGAGCGAAUGAAGCUUUUUCGACCUCGCCUUCUCUGCGACUUCCGGAGUCUGUACACCCGGUCGCUGAAAGCGGUCCGCAAACAGGAGGAGAGAACGUCGCAGAGAGGAGCGACGAACGCGAGGCGGGCUCCGUCUUCUUUCUUCUUUCUGGUCGGGACCGUUUCUUCUUCGGUCUCUCCUGCUACAAACAAAUCGAUGCGGCGGCAGUGCUUCCAAGUGCCUCUCGAGGUUCGCGCGUCAGGUGCGCUGUCUGCGUGAUCAGCAGCGUUCCCUUCUGGGGGUCGCUCCUCGUUCGAUUCUCCCCCGUCGCUGAAGCUUUCUUUCAGAGUAUGCAAGCCUCCUCUUCUCUUUCUUCUUCUCUCGCUUCGGCUGCGCUGUCACCGGCUCUGUGUGUCUCUUCGGACAGAGAGGCGCGGAGGAGCGGGUCGCGUGUGAGGAGAGAGAAUGGCUUUUUGGAAGGCACUGCGAAAGAUAGCGAGACUGUUGAGUGGAGCGAAGAAGAGGUGCAUGCAGACGCGAAGGAGAGCCUGUGGAAAGAGAGCCAUGGCCGAAACGACAAGGGGAAGACAAAGCGAGAAGAGGAAACGAAAGGGGCAGAGCAACUUCUCCUCGACUGGACGGCUCAAAUCAACGCCAUUCGAUACAACCACCUGGGCUACUCUGAGCUCUUCUUCGACUUAGAGGGGAGUCUCACACCCUUUGUGCUUCUCUUUCCUCCAGAGAGUCUCCUCCAGUUGGCAAAGGCUCUUCUGCUGGAGAAAAAAAUUCUUUUUUUCUCAAGAAGUCCGACGCGCGCCUCCUCUGCGGUCUUGGCAUUUCUCUCGCUCUUCCCAGCUGCGCUGAACUGCGGAUACAACAGCGACGGAUUUGCCAGCUUCCACUAUCGCUGGCGCAUGCAUGCCUUUCCCUUCCACUUUUUUCACCCGCGCUGCAUCUUGGUUCCUUUCCUCUCGCUGCCUCUUGUCGAAGAACUUCUCCUCCAGAAAAGAGGAUUCCUCGUCGGCGCCUCCAACUGGGCUGUGCGUGUGCAUCCCGUUCUGCGUCCCGACGUCUUCGUCGAUUUAGAUCGGGUGGACGUGCAUGUUGAACAAGAAGGCCUUCUUCCAUGCCUUGAACUGAGUCCCUUCGAGCGCCUCUUCGCCACGAAGCUCGUGCCGGAAGCGCUUGCUUGCUUGUCUCGCCGACACCCCAAGCUCUCUUCUCUCUCUUCUUCUUUCUCUUCUUCUUCUCUCUCUUCUUCUUCUCUCUCUUCUUCCUCUCUCUCUUCUUCUUCUCUCUCUUCUUCUUCUCUCUCUUCUUCUUCUCUCGGCUGCCAGCCGUGUGGAGGCGACGGCGAAUCGAACAAGGAAGCCUCUCACGCACCUUGUUCUCUCUCGCCACCAGACUCUUCUGUCUCUUCUUCUCUUCCUUCUUCUUCUCCUCUUCCUUCUUCUUCUCUCCCUUCUUCAUCUUCUUUUUCUUCCUUCACGCGCCAGGCGGGGAAUUUUUUCCAAGCUGUCGGCACUCUCGCGAGUUCCUCUGCGUCGUCCCGGAAGCCUCUCUUCCGCAAGCAAAAGUCUGGAUCAGGCUCUCGUCUUCCGUCCUGUAACCACUGUCUGUCUUCUCCUCUCCCGCCGUCUGCCUCCCCUCUCCCGUCUCCUCCUCUCUCUCUCUCGCCUUCCUCUGCUGUUUUCUCUCCUUCUUCUCCAAGUUCCAGCCCCGCGCAAGGGGUCGGAGGAACCGACCCAAUUGCCUGGCUUCUAGACGACGCGCAUCUCCCGGAGGAAGGCGAUUCUCUUCACAAGGGCGGCGACGACGCACGGCGAAAGGAAGAGAAAGAGGAAGAAGAUUCUUCGGCUGUCGCUUGCUUCCCUAGGGCAACAGAUGCCUCACGUUCUACCACCCGAUGUGACUUUGCUCCCCCUCCUCGACCUGACGCUGGAGAGAGGCAAGAGAAAGAAACCGGAAGGCGAUCUGUGGGUGCGCUUUCUCACUUUUCACGGGCAGUGAAAAGUUUGGCGAGUGGACUUGAAUUUUCCGUCUCGCAGAAGAACUCCCUCGCCUCCUCAUCUCUCGUGGCGAAUCACCUCCCGAAAGAAAAGGCAUCCUUUGUGCCUUCCGCUGAAUCGCCUUCUUCUGCAGAUCCUUUCUCGUUUUCGUCUCUUCCUGGACGCGCGUCGCUGAGCGUCUUAGGUCCAGGCGCCUUUCCUCGAUUUUCUUGGAAACGCAGUUUUUUUUCGUUUUCAUCCGUUUUUCCCUCUGCGACGGGAGAGUUGGAGGAUCGAGAAAGAUUUCUUCUUGCAGGAAAUGCGAACUGGGAAGCUUCGGUCGAUCUCGUUCGUGCAGCCUUCACACAGUACCUCGAAAAACUCUGCCGAAGCGUAGCGAUUGCGGCCGGACCGAGUCGCAGCGUUCAGGUGCUUUUGUCUGCGUUGCCGAGACCGGAGAGGGGGGAGGCGCAGGUGAAGAGAGAAGACAAGAGCGAGAGAAAAGAAGAUAGAAACGAGAAGAAAGAAGAGCCAAGAGAGGACGCAGAGGAGAGAGACGACGUGGAAGAGUUCAACGGUGCGUGGAUCCGAGCUUGGACCGAGACACACAACUUUCAGGUCUGGCUGCGCCAGCAUCGUCUGCCGACUGUUCGGUCAGAGGAGGUGCAAGGAGAGGAAAUGUUUUCUGUUGCUCCUCAAGAAGGAUAUGGUCGUCUCGUCUACGCCAACGGAGACGUCUACGAAGGCGAGUUCUCGAACUCUGUCCGACACGGUCAAGGAAUUUAUUCAGGCGCAGACGGACUGCGGUACGAGGGCGACUGGCAGCGAGACCGGCGUCACGGCUGCGGUGUCCUGACACACGACAAAGUCAAUUUCGUCUACGUCGGCCAGUGGGAGGACGACAAGAAGAGUGGUGACGGUCAUCUCUACUCUUCUACCGAGCGCUAUUGGGGCGGAUUUGCAGAAAACAAGUACAGCGGAAAAGGGACGUACGUGGAGAGAACUGGAGGAAUUUACUACGAGGGCGAAUUUGCCGACGGUGUAUUCCACGGCCUCGGGAAGCUGGUGCUUCCGCUCUCCUCUCGCGCGAUCUCUCAGAGGAUUCCGUCGCAAACGACUCCACUUCGCUCGACUUUUCCCCAGCGUUCUCCCGCGUCUCCUUCCUCUUCUUUCUGUCCUUUCCCCUCUUUCUCUCCUUUCCCUCCUUUCUCUUCUUUCUCUUCUUCCCCCUCCGUCUCUUCUUCUUCUUCCCCGUCUUCGUUCCCUGCGUCUCUUGUUGAAGAAGGACGAGGCGGCUCGACUUUCUGUGGAGAGUGGGAGAAAGGAAAAGCGAAAGGCGUCUUCACAUGUGUCUACGAAGAUGGGUGUAUGUACACGGGCCUGUUGUCGGACGCCCUUCUUCCUCACGGUACCGGAACGAUGAUGUUUCCUGACGGGUCCUCCUUCGAGGGAGAGUGGAGGGACGGGCAGCGUCACGGGGCAGGCGUCUUCUCUGCGUUGAUUGCGGACUCUAUUUCUUCAGCAGACGCAGACGUUCCUUCUUUGCUUUCUCGGGAACUUGCUGCGGCGUCUUCCCCGCGUUCAGGCGAAACGGGUGUCGAUACUCCUCAGCGCCCGGGGGCAGAGAAGCGCGUCCUCGUUGUUGAGGGAGAAUGGCACAGAGACUCCCCCGCGGCGGAGAAAGAGUGGACGCUCACCUUUCCAAGCGGAGACAAGUACGCUGGACUUCUUCACCUUCCUUCUCGUCAAAACGGCGACGCCGUGCGCUGCGAGGCAGAGACGAUGGCUCCGAGCGAGAAUGGAGAAAACGCCUCGCAGCGGUCAAAACAAGUCCCCACAGGCGAGGAGAGGCACACGCGGCGCCGCGAUCACUCCCAAAGCACACCAUACGAGAAAGGAGAAGAGGAGAAAGGAGAAGAGGAGAAAGAGAAGAAGGAGAGAAAGAGAGAGAUGAACCUCGAGACGGAACUGCGACGCUUUGUCUUGCCUCAUGGGCCAGGUUUCGCGAAACUGAAGGCGACAGGGGAAACCUACGAAGGCCAGUGGAAGCUCGGAACGCGGAACGGAGAGGGGGAAAGCAUUGCAAGCACAGGUGUGAGAUACAGAGGAGAGUGGGUGGACGGAGUGCCUCACGGACAGGGUGUCUUGACACACACCGAAAGUGGAGAGGUGCGUAAAGGCGGUUUUCACUCUGGAUUUUUCUGCGGCGACGAACGCAAAGAGACCGAGGCCGACCACGAACCUGUCCUCUUCUCUGCCUUUCUCCAGUACCCGCUUCACCGCUGUCGGUUUUUCUGGAGUUCGACGCACUGAACACGAAGGCGCCUCCUCUGCGCAGAAACGAAGAGCGAGAAGAAAGACGACAGCGACGAAGCGAAGGAGAACAGCAGAGCAGGAAGGAAGAAAGAAGAAACGUGGAAGGAAGGAGGAAGAAGAAAGGAGAGAAAGAGAUCCUUCGAGUUAAGUGCGUUGUCGUCAAAGGGAUUUUGGGAAAAAAUCGCGUUUUUCCAACAUUUCGUUCAACAAAGGAACUCCGGAGAAGUCGACUUCAACACAGUGUGACUCUCGCUUUCCCCCUGCUGGCCGCAGCAAGAAAGGAGACUCUCGCAGAUUUUUUCUCAAAAAACCUUUAAUUCUUGUCGAAACGAACGCACUCGAGACUGUCUGCGCCUCGACGCAAAGCUGUCUGCUACCCCACACCUAGAUACAAGCAAGUCCAGAAGGGCAGGUCAUGCUGC